UCACCCCUCAGACAAAAACAAGCACACACGCAGGAGAAAACACAGAGCAACAAAGUCAUCAGGUGCAACAGACACCAACACACACCAUGAGGCCCGGGGCCCAGUUCCUCACCACGAGCCACCGCGCCGGAGCGCCGACGGCGGCGCCGGCGCAUGGGCUGAUCAACGGGACGGCGCCGCCGCACUCGACGUGGCAGUCGCCGGUGCCGUACCUGUUCGGCGGGCUGGCGGCGAUGCUCGGGCUCAUCGCCUUGGCUCUGCUCAUCCUCGCCUGCUCCUACUGGAAGCUCUCCGGGUACCUCGACGGUGACCGGGACGGCCAGGCCGCGGGGGACGCGGACGAGGAGAAGGGCUCGGCGUCUGGCGCGGCCAGGCCGGCCAUGGAUUUCCAGGAGCACGUGGUGGUCAUCAUGGCCGGCGACGAGCGACCAACGUUCCUCGCCAAGCCGGUCACCAGCCGGGUGGCCGAGGUGGAGGUUGGGGCCGCGGCGGCUCCUGAGGCGAGCGCGCGCGCCGGCGACGACGGGCAGGAGAAGGUGGACGAGCAGGCCUGCGAGGUGUGUUCGCAUCUCGGGGCCGACUCGGCGACCCCGGGCCGUGAUCACCACGACGAGGCAGGCCAGAGCUGCGACCAUGACCAUGACGCGGCGAGCCGGAGCCACAACCACCUCCAUGACCAUGACCAUGAGAGCAGCGGCACGACGGCACUGCAAGAAAGCUCGCAAUAAAAGCAGCCGCCUUGUUCGCUUCAGCUUUCCCUUUUUUGAGGCUGCUUUUCUUCCUCCACCUUCUUUCCCCACUCAUUCCUCCCCUAGAUUUAGGCUGGGCUGUGUAGAUUCUUGGCGUGAUUGGUUGAGUGAAAAUUAAUGGAGAUAUCUACGCGAGACUUAAGUUUUGCCAAUCGAAAGAUAUAUGGAGCAUCAUGCUCUGCUUCAGUUACAGCUCCCUGAAGAAAUGGACAACACUCCACAUCAUUAUUCCCCAUCUUUCAUUAACUUAAAGCACCUUUAAGUUGGAACAAAUAUUGAUUACACAAUGAAA